UUUCAUAAAGCCGCUUUUUCCUCGGGGGGGAAAUACAGAAAAGAGAAAAAGAUCUCGACUGUGCUUUUAAGUACCUAUUGAUGUGAGACUAGUCUCAUAUUUCCCGGCCGGUCUACUACUCGCAGUCUAAUUUCGGGGGGCCAUUGUGAGUUGAGAGUUGAGAUUAGGGAGCAAAUGGAGAGCGCAGGUGGAAAAGUGAAGAAAGGAGCUGGUGGAAGGAAAGGGGGCGGUCCAAAGAAGAAGCCAGUGUCCCGGUCCGUGAAGGCCGGUUUGCAAUUCCCUGUCGGCAGGAUCGGGCGUUACUUGAAGAAGGGUCGCUACUCUGAGCGUGUGGGAACCGGCGCUCCUGUCUACAUGGCUGCCGUCCUCGAGUACCUUGCCGCCGAGGUUCUGGAGUUGGCUGGAAAUGCUGCAAGAGACAACAAGAAGAACAGGAUCAUACCGCGGCAUGUGUUAUUGGCUGUGAGGAAUGAUGAAGAGCUUGGGAAACUUCUAGCUGGUGUGACUAUUGCUCAUGGGGGAGUGCUUCCCAACAUCAAUCCAGUUCUCCUUCCAAAGAAGAAUGAAAAGGCAGCAAAGGAGCCUGUUAAGUCUCCAGCUAAGGCCACAAAGUCACCCAAGAAGGCCUAAUCUGUCAUUCGUGAAUAAGAGGACUUGUCGUCCUGUGAAUUUCUUUGUAUGUAGUUCCUGUAUCUGUUGGUCGUAUGUAGAAGAGGGUCAGAGAUUUUUAGAAUUUAGGAUUGACUGUUGCUUCUGAUGGUCCCAAAUUCUUGGAUUAUGAUGAAUGAAACGAAUUUUUAGCUUAUUAAAACACAUUCAGUUUCCUGUGCGCGUAUUAAUGUGAAA